GUUCACGAUCCCGUAGCACUGGUAGCAUGGUAUGUACCCGGGCACAAAGCGGGACAUCCCAGCGGCGGAUGGCCUGGACAGCGGGUAGGACAGGAAGUACCAACAAAUUGGAACGUACCGCCCCGGCGAGGCCUCCAAAGGACGACUUUCGCGCAGGGAGAUUCCGCCUUACUAGGGUCUGCCAAAGGGGUGGCUGAGGUGAUGAUCGAGCGUUCUUCGGGAGAGGCGCCAGACCGCAGCUUCCCAUGCACAUGAGCCCGAGGAUAUCUGCCCCGCCUCCCCGUGCGCGAUCUCACACACACACCCGCCUCUCCCUUCCGCCCUCCUUCCUCCUCGACCACUACGUCCCGACUCCAGCCUUGGUCGCCAUCCGCAGCGCGCGGGAGAGGUGCUCUCGCAGGCGGGACUAUUCGCGCUCAAGCUGCCCUCCUCGGAGUGACGUGACCGCCAACUGCGGCUCUCCCCCCAUCCGUCCAGCACCGCGUUCGGGCUCUGCUUACGGUGGCAAAUCCAUCAUUAUCGCGUUCCCGACACGCCCGAGAGUUGCGUCGGCGCCCCGUAGUCACCAGUACCCAACCCGCCACCAUCGGUCUUUGGCUUGGCCUAAUCUGAACGCCGGGUCCGCCUCUAUCUGAACUUCGGCAGUAGCACCCCCACGUCCUGCUGCGUCGACCCCCUCUUGUCGGAUCAAUCACCCAGUGCCCCAAUCGCCACCAUGAACCCUUCGCGCUCCUCCUCGCUCUCCCUCCCGGCUCUCUCCCACCCCGCCGACCCGCGUUCGCUCCUCCCCCCGCAACCACAACCGCCCUCCCGGCGCGGCUCCGAGGCGAUGCUCUCCGACGGCCUCCCCUCGCCACCCAUCUCGCCCGGCCACAGCGACAACGAGGACGACUCGGACCUUGACGACGGCGCGAUCGUCGUCGACGCAGAGCCACGUUACAGCGGUCCGGAACGCACGAUCCCCGCUCACAUCCACGAGCCUCGCCCAGCCUCGUCGGACGACAGUCCCGUGCACCGCCCCGUGUCCGUGCGUAAAUACGGGCGGGAGCACGCGGACGCGGACGUGCGCAUGGACGGUGAAGACGAAGACGCACCGGCACCUAAGCCACCGCUGCGCUACCUCGAGCACGAGCAGUCGCGCCUCUCGAAACCCGGCGUGCUUAAGCUCACCGACUUUGAGGUCAAGGGCACCUUGGGGACGGGCACCUUCGGCCGCGUUCUCCUCGUCCGGCACCGCGGCGGCGUCCCCGGCGCGCAAAACUACUUCGCGCUCAAGGUGCUCCGCAAAACGGAGAUCGUCCGGCUCCGACAGGUCGACCACGUCAAGAACGAGCGCUACAUCCUCUCCCGCGUCCGACACCCGUUCGUCGUCGACCUCUACGCCACCUUUCAGGACAGCCUGAACAUCUACAUGCUGCUCUCCUACGUCCCCGGCGGUGAGCUCUUCACCCACCUCCGGCGCGCGCAGCGCUUCACGCCCGACGUUGCCCGCUUCUACCUCGCCACCAUCGCGCUCGCGCUCAAGUACCUCCACUCCUUCAACGUCGUCUACCGCGACCUCAAGCCGGAGAACCUCCUCCUCGACGCGCGCGGCUACGUCCGCCUCACCGACUUUGGCUUCGCCAAGAUCGUCGACGACCGCACCUGGACGCUCUGCGGCACCCCCGAGUACCUCGCGCCGGAGAUCAUCCAGUCGGACGGGCACGGCAAGGCCGCGGACUGGUGGGCGGCGGGCGUGCUCGCGUACGAGAUGAUGGUCGGCUACCCGCCCUUCUUCGACGAGACCGCCUACGGCAUCUACGACAAGAUCCUCCGCGGCCGCGUCCACUUCCCGCGCGAGAUGGACCCGCUCACGCGCGAGUUCGUCCGCGCGCUGCUCGAGCCGGACAAGUCGAAGAGGUUGGGAAACCUCAACGGCGAGGCGCAGGACGUGCUCGACCACGCCUGGUUCCGCGGCGUCGACUGGGACGCGCUCGAGCGCCGCGAGAUCCGCGCGCCGAUCAUCCCGCACACGUCCGGCGUCGAGGACACGCGCCACUUCCUCCACCUGCCGUACCCGCCCGCGGACGAGAUACCGGGCCUGGUCCGCGACGACGACGUCGUCUCCCUCGACGCCGCCUCCUGCUUUGCCGACUUUGCCUGAGGGCGAAAAUGGUUUCGAGCCGCCCUGCAGCCUGCAAAAAGAAAAAAACCCCUCGGCUGUCUCACAACAAAGCACACCGGUUCAAUCCCGAUCUUCCCCCUUUCCGAAUUUUUUUUCUCUGUCGCAAAUACCCCCGAGCGGUCCCUCCCGGCUCGAUUUCGUACUCGAUAUCCGUCAACACUCAGUGCUCACUGUAUCCAUUUCCCGUCGCGUCUCGUCUCCGACCCCCCAGCCGGCCCGUCCGAGCUCGGGCCCUAAUCACUCGUUCCAACUCUCUCUCCCCCUUCGUCCUUUACUCCUCUAUCGGCGGUCGAAUUUGCCGCCAGCCCGACGCGCCUACGUACGUGCGUCGGCGCAUCCUUUAAUCGCUCCCAUCUUUCUCUCCAACCACAAUGCCCCAAAGAGCCGAUAUCUCGGUCGACCGUAGAUUCCGGACUGCAUUAUCCCCACUACAUUGUAUCCAUUGG